AGACAGGCGAAUUCCAAGUCAAAAAAAUGUGAAGUAAUAAUGCACUUGUAACGUAACACAAAGACCCAGCCAAAUGAAACUACCAAGUCCACCAUUAUAUCCUUCACACGUUGGAGCGGUUUAACAAAUUAAACAUCAUCGUACACUGUCCCAACCUCCAUAUAAAGUCAUUUCACAUUCUCCGUCGUGGGAAUGGCAACUGAUCCACAAAUAAAACCUUGAACAUACAAACACACCCUCUCAUGGGAAACCAAAUAGCUAGAGACGCCACGGGGAGAAUCGUUCACUGGGAUGGCUCGGUUCAAGAAUUUGACGAGCCACAUGCACUAACGGCGGCGGAGCUCAUGCUGGACCACCCGCAACAGGUGGUGGUGGAGUUUCACUCCGCCGUGAACCAAAAAAGACCGUCUCCGUUACCCGCUGACGAGAAGCUAGAGGUGAAGAAAACGUAUGUGAUGGUUCCGGUGAUGCGAGGGAAGCCUGUGGGGUUGAGCAGCGAAGAUAGUCGCCGGAUUCUCUUGAUCGUUAACUCUUCUCUGCAUUCCAAGUACUUUGUUUCUUCUUCGGGGCUUCUUCCUUGGUUUGCAGGGUUGUUCCAGAGGAAGGAGGAGGUGGAGAAGAGAGAAGAGAGGGAGGGUUUUUGUGAGUUUUUGGCGGAAGGGAGGGAAGGGUAUAUGAGUAGGCAGUUAUCGGGGAAGGGGUGGAAACCUAGCUUGGACACCAUUACGGAGAAGAAGGUUAAGCGGAAACUGUCUCGCUGGUUCUUCCUCAAAACUUUUAUUUCUGCAAACAUUUAGAUACAAAUAUAUUAUACAUAUGUUAAUGGCUUAUGUGGGUAUAGUAUUUCAUUUUACGUGUUCAGCCAUGCCUUCUGUAUGUAUGUACUCCUGUCAUCUUAAGAUCUGUUUGUUUGUAAGAACUCGUGUUCAAAGGGAGUAAAGGCCUUUCAUGGGGAAACAAUUCAUGUGAUCAAAGCAUGAUGUUUAGAUGUA